UACCAGGUUGAGAACUAUUGCCACACAAAAGUUUCUAAAUAUAUGACAGUAAUCAAACAUAACCUCACUAAAAUGUCAUGCUGUUUUUGCGAUUAUUGAAUGUAGGUAGUAAAAAUGGUGAAAAAACGCUAUAAUUGGAAGUCACGACAGGUUGUUAACACUGUUGUCGACAAUUCUGCAACAGAAAAGAUUCAAUUAGAUUUGCAAGUGGAGGGCCACUACGAUCAAAGCAAUGAGUUGGUGCUGCCUUCAAAGAAACGCAAGACGAAAAUCAAAGAUGCUAAACAAAAAGUAACCAAAAUCCUCUCAAAGAAGCACAGAAAGAAACUCGAAAAAAUUGUUGAGAAAAAAAAGAAAAAAGAGAACCGGGCAUCCCUUCUUGAAGCCUUAUCGAAAGUCCAAGCAACACCUGAAGAGUUAACCAAACUCACUUCAAUCGCUACCGUACAAACAAAGGGGCUAAAACGGCACUUCCUUGAGGAACAAAAUGGGGACAAACCUAAGAAGCCUAAACGAGACUUGCAGAUAAUUUCGGGCGAAGUCAAAUUGAAUAGUUUAUCAGGGGCCAAACGACGCCAUUUGCUAGAACAAGAAGUCGAAGUUAAAACAAAUGGGGAUCCCAAUGUGGUGGGGUUUGAGUCUUCAGACUCGGGCAAUGAUAGUGAACCCGAACCGGAACUAGAACCACCUAGGCUAGAACCCAGCGCACCCUCUAAAAUUGAACCAACAGAAACAAAACCAAAAAUUCCAGUCAAGAAACUUGAAUCAAAACCUGCAGUUUUCGUGGACGUAAUCCGCGACGAGGAAAUCCAGAAAAGUCGCCUCAAACUCCCGAUUUUGGCCGAGGAGCAACAAAUCAUGGAAACCAUUAACGAAAAUCCGGUUGUGAUAAUCGCUGGUGAGACAGGAAGCGGAAAAACCACUCAAGUCCCUCAGUUUUUGUACGAAGCAGGCUAUGCGUUGAAGAAACAAAUUGUAGUGACUGAACCUCGAAGAGUUGCAGCGAUUGCAAUGUCGAAACGAGUGGUUCAAGAAAUGAAUUUAAGUUCAAGGGAAGUGUCUUAUUUAAUUCGUUUCGAAGGUAACGCCACUGAAGACACUAAAAUAAAAUUUAUGACAGAUGGGGUGUUACUAAAGGAGGUCCAAAAUGAUUUUCUUUUGUCGCAAUAUUCAGUUGUUAUUCUCGAUGAGGCUCACGAGAGGUCAGUCUACACUGAUAUUUUAAUAGGGCUCUUGUCGCGUAUUGUGCCCCUUAGAAAAAAGCGUGGGGACCCCCUGAAACUCAUCAUCAUGUCGGCAACACUCCGAGUUGAGGAUUUUACAAAAAAUAAAAGACUUUUCAAAACAAUUCCUCCAGUGAUAAACGUCGAUAGUCGGCAAUUUCCGGUCACAAUUCACUUCAAUAAACGAACAAAUGACGAUUAUUUGAGUGAAAGUUUCAGUAAAGUCGUUAAAAUUCACACGAAACUCCCCGAGGGCGGAGUUUUAGUGUUUCUGACUGGCCAACAGGAGGUCAACGCUCUUGUGAAAAAACUCCGGGCGAAAUUCCCUCUCAAAGUCAAGAUCAGUGAAGAGGCGGAGCCGGUUAAGAAACUCAAACAGAAGAAAGUUUACGCCCCUGAAGUGAAUCUCGAUGAUUACAACAAUCCGGAUUGGUCGAGUGAGAGCGAAGAGGAGGAGUCGGAACGUCCCCUUCACCAUGCCCCGCCUUUGUGGGUGUUACCCCUAUAUUCGAUGCUACCAACUCACAAACAAAACGAAGUGUUUCAAGCGCCUCCUCCUGGAUGUCGGUUGUGUGUCAUUAGUACCAACGUAGCGGAGACAAGUCUCACUAUACCUAAUGUAAAAUAUGUUGUGGAUUCGGGCCGGACUAAAGUGAAAUUGUAUGAUAAAGUCACCGGUGUGAGUAGUUAUGUGGUCACGUGGACUAGUAAAGCUUCGGCCAAUCAGAGAGCCGGGAGGGCGGGGCGUACAGCACCGGGACAUUGUUACCGCCUCUAUUCCAGCGCUGUUUUUAACGAUACGUUUAAAGAGUUUAGUGUGCCUGAAAUUCAGCAAAAACCAGUCGAUGAUUUAUAUUUACAAAUGAAAUGUAUGAAUAUCGAUAAAGUAGUAAACUUCCCAUUUCCAACAGCCCCCGAUUUGUUACAAUUGAAGACGGCCGAACACCGAUUGGAGAUUCUAGGGGCGUUGCAAAAGGGACAAGUCACACCUUUAGGGCGGGCCAUUGCCAAGUUCCCUGUAUUACCAAGGUUCGGGAAAAUGUUAGCUUUGAGUCACCAACAAGAUUUACUCCCUUAUACGAUUUGUCUGGUGGCAGCACUGUCAGUCCAGGAAGUGUUACAAGAAAACGAAAGCGAAAUGAAAACGAAAUGGGCGGCGCUUCGUCGCCGGUGGGCGGGGACCGGCAAUUCGCUCCUAUUAGGCGACAGUAUGGUGCUACUCCGUGCAGUGGGCGCGGCCGAAUUUGCCAAUAGUCAAGGCCGAUUGGAGAAAUUUUGUCACGAGAACGGUUUACGACACAAGGCGGUGCUAGAAAUCCGGAAGCUCCGCCUACAAUUAACCAAUGAAAUCAAAGUUAACCUACCGGACGCCGAUAUUGUGGUGGACCCGACAUUGGCUCCGCCUAGUGACCUUCAAGCCAAGCUUUUACGACAGAUACUUCUCGCCGGAAUGGGGGACCAAAUCGCGAAAAAAAUCGAAAGCGAAGAUAAGAAAUUCAAAUAUGGCUACCAUGCGAACAAUAUGGAGGAUCCGGUGUUCUUACAUUCGGGGUCCGUGUUGCGAAAAAGCCCCCCCGAGUUCGUGAUUUACCACGAAAUUUAUGAAACUAAUAAAAUAUACAUGAGAGGGGUGACGGCUAUCGAACCGGAAUGGUUGCCAGUUUAUGUGCCCAGUUUGUGCAAUUUGAGUGAACCUCUCGGCGAGCCCCAACCCCAAUAUAAAAAUGGGAAGGUGUAUUGUACUGUGAAUGGAACGUUUGGAAGUCAAGGGUGGAGUCUACCAAACGUCGAAAUUGAACAUCCAAGAACUAUAAAUUAUUACAAGUGGUUUGGCCGGUUUUUAUUGGAGGGUUUAGUAUUUGCGAAAUUAGAAAAAUAUAAAAGUGUGUUGCUGAGUCAACCGGCGAUCAUGGUCAAAAGCUGGGCGAAAUUGCAGCCGAGGACUGACGCCAUUUUGAAAGCUUUGCUGUCAAAAGAGGCGAUUUCGAAACGGCGAUUGGAGGAGAUUUGGAAGGACACGCCCAAAUUUUUAUUGGAGGAGUAUUUGAGGUGGGUGCCGCAGUCGGCCUACGGAGAGGUAAGCAUGAUGUGGCCUCCUUUAGAUUAAUUACAAUUUUUAUUGAUAUUUCACUAUACAUUGGAAUGUUAUUAAGUAGGUUUUAAAAAUAAAAAAUUCAACUUU